UUUAAUACCGAUCCAAAGCAAUAUUACAUUAUUGUAAUAAUGUACAGAACGAACGUCUGCUGCAAACAAAGCUAUUUUUCCCAAUGCCCAAGCAUUAGGGACCUCCGUCAAUGUGGUUAGGAUGCUGUGGUAACUUCCAGAAUUCCAGGAUUCCUUUGUUAAUGAACACUGACUGUAUCCUUACUUUUUAUAAAAUGCCAGACUAAAAGUCACUUGUAUGGUGAGAUGGGCGGCAUAUAUAAAUUUGAAAAAUAAAAUAAAAUAAAUAAAUAAAACCAUGGCUCCCAUGAUUUAGUAGAAUAGCCUUUUACUCCCUUGGUGCAACAUCCUGGAUUAGCACUGGAGCUCAAAAGCAUGUUGGUACAACACUCAGAAUGCCCUCUGAGAUGAUCAACAUUUGAUUUUCAAAAAGAUUGACCCUAUUGCUGGGAGCUGAGGGCUGUGCAAAGGGCAAAGUCAAAACAGAUGGCCAGUCCAGAAAUGGAAGCAGGUCAGACUGCAUGGAUUAUGGCUGUGGUUCAAAGGAUCAUGAGUCUUUGACUUUAGAAUAGGAUUUGCUCUCCAGCCUAUGAGCUUUGGGGGCCCAAUGAAUUGAUACCUGCCAGAAUACUUUUUUUUCUGCUUGUGUCACAAAAAAUAAUGUGUGGUGGUACCCUACUAUCAGGCAGGGACAGAGAAAAGACAAGUACAAAAAAAGAUCUGGUGGAUCACAAGUUGAAGAUGAGCCAACAGUGUGAUGCAGCUGCAGAAAAGCAAAUGCAAUCCUAGCCUACAUAAACAAAAGUCAAGAUCAAGACAAAUCAUCAUUCCCUUCUAUUUUCCGUUGCUCAGACUACACCAAGAAUACUGCAUCCUAUUCUGGGAACCACAUUUUAGGAAGGACAAAGUGGAUCUCAGGCGCCUGACAAUGGACAUGAUUCAGUAAUUGAUUUCAUGCACUGAACUCUUAAAGCAGUUGGAUUUACUUCUGACCAAACAUACAUAGAAUUAAGAGUAGAAUUAUCUUACUAAACUUGGAACUUUAACGUGUAACCAGCUGGAGCAAGAUGAAGGCACUCAUCCAUGUAGUUAAAUUUUGCAUGCUGAAAUGCAUAUUAUUGGAUCUCAUCUUGCACGGGCAUGAAGGAUUAUUUCUGGAAGAUGGCUGCAGAAAACAACAGGCUGAAAUUCAAGACAAGGUUAAAAAAUAAAGACACUACUGUAUAGAAGAAUUCUGGGUGCUCCCUAGACCAAUCUUCCUCAACUUGGUGCUCUCUGCCAUUCAUCAUUUAUAGUGUCUGUGUUGGCCAACAUAUCUGGAAAGCACCAGGUCAAGGAAAAGCUAAUUUAACCAAGGAAAUAUGAACGUGUCUUUACUUCAAUGGGACAAUUAGAUGCACACUUAAUUCCCCUAUUAAAAUCAGGGGGACUUAGUGUUCACUGGAUGACUCAGGUGUAACAGGGAGGCAUACCCAACACUGUGCAUGUUUUCAUAAUUGAGUUAACCAGACACAUUAAAAAAUGGAAAAUCAGUUCAAAUUGGCAACUUAAGUAAGUUCAUCUUCCUGAUUAAUUUGAGAGAGAAGUUCACCUCCUUUCCCACACACACCUUUCUUACUUUCCCUGAAAGACUGCUGAGAGCGCCUUACACAUUAUAAUUACUAGGUGUGGAAUGGAAACUCCUCACUUUGAAAUGUCAAUACAAAUCCCCAAGGUAAUUACUAUUUAUGUUGUAUAAGAGAGAGAGAGUAACAUAUUGCUUUGGCAAUCCACAUGACUUUCUAAUAUGCAACUAUUACACAUCCACAUGAACUUUUCAAUUGCCUCAACAGAGUUAAAGUUACACCCUCAGGAAACACACACAUGGACACACACAUAGAGCAUCUGACAGAUGUUAUUAAACAGGACUUGAAACCAUCCUUAUAUUCUUGGAGCUGGCUUCUACAAAGAUUUAACCAAAGAACUUGCAGCCCUUUCUAUGCUGCUUUGGAACCUCUGGUUUGGUUCAAACAAUUUUUGAGUAGGAAUAGGAGACCAUCAAAUGGCUGGAUAGGCUGUAGUUUAGAGUUUAAUUUCAAAAUGACAUGUUUCAAGUCAGGGUCUUGGGCAGGAAGAGGUGAGAAUAUCGCCCUGGACCCCAUAUAUGGAAGGAAUCAUAUAAAAUGUAGUUUCAUAUAUUAAAAAAAAAAAACACACGGAGGGAAGCCUGAAGAAUUCUAGGUUAUUGAACUCAACCUGGGACAGGACCCAGCUCAGCUCUUAAGAUGUUUUAUGGCCCACUGAUUCUAAUGGGAGCGGUCCCGUAUUUUGAUGAUGCCCUAUAAUAGUUCCACCCAUGAUAAAUUAUUGCUACAAAAAGAGAUGACAAAUCAGAACUACAACAGGAAACCACAGCCGCUGAAGAUGUCAAGGUCACUUUUUUUCCAUGUCUCCCUCCUUCCCUCCCAGUAUUGACUGUGAUUAUGUGAUUCACAAGAGGCCCACUCUACAACUGCUUGUGCCUUUGAAAGGAAAUGAAGGUAUCCAGAAAGGUUAUGGGGAAAAUCAGUUGAAUUAGUAAUUGUGAGGUAAAUCAAUGCACCUCAGAGCUUUUGGGCAGAAACCAGAUUAUUGAAUCUCUGGUUCAAUUAAUCACCAAGCUUGGCAGCUGAGCCGCUAAAAGACAGAUGGGAAAGCCAGAGAAGUGGCUGCAAGUUUUAUGUAUACAGUGCUAUAGUCGGGUCACUGUGAAGUAGUUCCUAAUUGGCCUGUUUGGUUUGGUUUGAUUUCGACUAGCGUUAUACAAUUCUCUUUGUUUUAUGAAAGGGAAAUCGUGUAACGUUAGUCAACAUCAAAUCAACGCAAUUUUUAUUACGGUCACACACCAGCAUAUAUAAUGCUAGUCAAAAGCCUGCUGAGCGGGGCUGGAGGCAGCCACAAACCUUGCAUGGAGUCGUUGGACGCCAGUUCAGUCCUGGAUGAACCGCUCCUCCUUCCACCAAAGCGACCCAACCCUCCCCGUUUCCCCUUAAAGCCGGCGGCUGCCGAAAAUAAUAGUGCUCGCUCUGCCGAAGAACGCCCAUAAACCCCGCCUCGCCGUAACUUUCUAAUGAAUGAAGGCGAGCAGAAGCGCCGAGGCGUCGUUUACAUUUUUCCCAUUGUGACGUCGGCAGACACGGUCGCGUUCCAUUCACUCCGAGAGAAGCAAGAAUGAGGCUCGACGCCGGAGAGAGGAGAAAGGAGAGAGGAGAGGAUGUGGGGGGCGGAGCGAGGUAGUAAAAGGAAUCCUCCCCCGCACUCUAGCGAGCGCGCGGGUAGCAUCGCCACUACCAGCAACAGCAGCCCCGUUAUUAAUGACUGAGCUGAGAGGGCGCGGAAGCGGGGGCAAAAUGUUCUAAGGCCGUAGCCGUUCCUGGGGCAGGAAGGAGCCUGCGCAGAGUCGGCGGCCAUGGUGGAGCUACGGGAGAUGGACUGCGGCGUGCUUCAGCACCUCCUGCACCGGGGGGACUGCAGCGGCGGGAGCUACAAUCAAGGCGGCGGCGGCGGCGGCGGCGGCACCAGUAGCGGUUCCUCAUCUGCUCCCGCGGGCGGGAAGUGUCUCCUCUUGGACUGCAGGCCCUUCCUCGCUCACAGCGCCGGCUACAUCCGCGGCGCGCUCAACGUGCGAUGCAACACCAUCGUCCGCCGGCGGACCAAAGGGUCGAUCAGCCUGGAGCAGAUUUUACCGGCGGAAGACGAGGUGCGCUCCCGCCUGCGUUCGGGUCUCUUCUCGGCCGUGGUUGUGUAUGACGGGCGGAGCCCGCGGGCCGAAUCUGUGCGGGAGGAUAGCACCGUGUCGCUGGUGGUGCGGGCGCUGCGCAAGGACACGGAGCACACUGACAUCUGCUUGCUGAAAGGUGGCUAUGAAAGAUUCCAGUCAGAAUAUCCAGAAUUCUGCACAAAGACAAAAUCUCCUACAGCAGCCUCUACUCUGGCGCCUGUGGAGCAUCUGGACCACAGCUGCAGUUCCUGUGGGACACCCCAGCAUGAUCAGGGUGGCCCCGUGGAAAUCUUGCCAUUCCUUUUCCUUGGCAGUGCUCAUCAUGCAGCUCGGAGGGACAUGUUGGAGGCCUUGGGAAUCACAGCCCUGUUAAACGUUUCAUCGGACUGCCCCAACCACUUCGAAGGACACUUUCAAUAUAAGUGCAUUCCAGUAGAAGAUAACCACAAAACCGACAUCAGCUCCUGGUUCAUGGAAGCCAUUGAAUACAUAGACGCUGUUAAGGUGUGUCAUGGACGGGUGCUUGUGCACUGCCAAGCUGGCAUCUCCAGAUCCGCCACCAUCUGUUUGGCUUACCUGAUCAUGAAGAAGCGAGUCAAGCUGGAGGAGGCCUUUGAGUUUGUCAAGCAACGUCGGAGCAUCAUCUCUCCGAACUUCAGCUUCAUGGGUCAGCUACUUCAGUUUGAGUCCCAGGUGCUGACAACGUCCUGUGCUGCGGAGGCUGCAAGCCCCUCGGGAACACUAAGAGAAAGGGGGAAGAACUCCUCCACCCCUACAUCUCAGUUUGUUUUCAGUUUCCCAGUCUCUGUGGCAGUGCAUUCCACUUCAGGAAGCCUUCCUUAUCUGCAUAGCCCUAUUACCACCUCUCCCACCUGCUAGAGUAGGCCUCUGGGGGUUGCAGCUAGGGACGUCAAAGAACAGAAUCCUACAGCCCCAUUGGCAAUCGCUAUAGGCAAUAAAGAACUCUGCCCCCCCACAGCCAAAUGGAAUGCACCAAAGACAGAGCAAUUAAGGCAAACUUUGCAGCUAGAAUGGAACCUAGUGGGGCGGUGGGUUCCAGCAUGUCCUUUCUUGGCAAGAUGUCUUACCUCAUUUUUUAAAUAUAUAAAAAAUAUAAAAAGCUUGAAGUUUUGAAGUCCUGAUAAUGUUUUUGGGUGUUUGGGAGGGAGAAGAUGAAAGAAAGUCACAUGCUCUAAAGCAGUGUGAGAUGUUGCUGUCACCACUGUGGUUGAACCCCAGGCUGUGUCGUGUUAAUCUGAGCCGAUCUUUCCCAAUAUGUUGGACUAUAGGUUCCCGAAUUUUCAGCCAGCAUGAACCUGCAGUCUCCAAAUAUGGGAGAGAGCAGGUUGGAGUGUGUGCGUAUGUGUGGAGGGCCUGCUAGGGCUGGGCACACUUCAGAAAUGAUUGGGAAGGAAAGUUUUGGACCUUAUGUGAGCAGAGCACCUCUCUGCUUUUUAUUAAAGCACCUUGUCUUUUUUCAGGCUUCUGCAUGGGCUGUAGUUGCAUUAAAUAAAGCAGCUAUUAAAAGUAGCAGCAUCUUUUGAUCAGGCUUGCUUGAAGUGAGAACGAAGGGCUGCUUUAAUGAAUGUGCGAGAAGUCCUGGGCUUAGGCAAGGUCCAAAACACUGCAUCCAAUCUGGUUUGGAAUGUGCCUUCUCCUAGUGCCUGUAUCUGAUCACCUUGUAUUUGCUUGCUCCACCCCUGGGGUGGAGCUACUUUACUAAAGCGCCUGGUUUCGGAGUUCUUGAUUGGAAUUUAUCACAUAUUCAAAUGCCACCUGUUUUGUUAAGCUGAGGGUUUGUGUAAAGAAAGGGAAAGGAGUUGAUAGUUCACUAUGAAGUGACUUUCAGAUUUCCUAUAUGUGGCUGAAACUGAUUUAAAAUAAUAAUAAUUUUAAAAAAGAUUUGGAUUUAUGAAGCGUAGGGAACACAUUCUUUUUUGAGACAAUUUGGGAAAUGCCAGUGCUUGCUUUCACCCCCAGACUUUGCUUCUGGGGAUGACCUGAUAAAAGCAGGGUCUUCAUUCAUGCCUUGGUUCAAGUUCUUGGUUCCUGACUGAUGCCUCUCUGGUCUUACAGCAUGAUGAGGCAUAAGUUAAUGGCCCGUGGCUCCGUUUCUCCUCUUGCUGGGCAGGAAGUGUUUUGUGUCAUCUGAAUGACAGUAACAAGCUUUUCUGACACAAAUGCACAGGUGUUUUUUUCUUCUUCACCUAACACAAGGCAGAUCUCUGCCUGCAUGCCAAAAGGUUUAGCAUAUUGAGACAUCAAGGAAGGAGGCGCUAUUUUAUUGCAUGGGCAAGAGUAAAGAUGACUUUCAGGCAGCCAUCCCCAACAGUGAGUUCCUGAAGAUGCUCAACUCUCAUAAGCUCCAGUCAGUACAGCCAACUUUAAAGAUGAUAGAAGUUGUUGUCAGAAUAUUUGGUGAGAAUCAGAUUGGGAAAGGCUGAAAGAUUAUUUGUAUCUUUCUGUAUUAACUAGUAUAGGAGCCAGAGUAUAGCCAUUAGUUACCAUGAUUAAUCAGUGCUAAAACUGAGCACUAGGUCAAGAAAUGUUUCCUUUAAUCAAGUCUGAAUUCUGCUGCCAAUGAGUUCCAGAUGAAGCCUUCAGUGAUACUGUAAAUGUAACUUUGAAGGUGACAUUUAAAUAUGGCAGCUUUCCCCCCUAGCUUCUGCCCCUUAGCAUGCCUUAAUAUGGCACAGGCACAGAGACACUGUAAAGUAACCCUUCGGGUGGGUUCUCAAAGAGGACACGUGCUGCACCCUCCCUCCCCAGGAAUUCUACAUAGCAUGAGGAGCUGAGACCUUUACAGCAGCCUUAAGAGAAGAGGCAUGUAAAGAACUAUUUUCCUUCUUCAAAGAGAGAUACCAGCUUGCGAGAUUCCUUUUUUCUAGAUAGCAGGGGUGCACCCUUCAGUUCAGAUCAAACUCCUCCUCCAAUUUACUGCUGAAGCCAAUUUUAAGUAGGAAGUGUGAACAAAGCAUACCAAUUCCUACUGGGAUUUAGGCCUCAUUUCACUUGAGGUAUAAUCUCAGCCUUUGCAAAAUUAGGCUAGACUCAAUGAAAUGGACCUGGCCUUUCUCAAUUCCCUGAAUUCCCCCCAAUUCCCCAAAUUGGACCCAUCACGUUAUGCCAAAGAUAAGCCACUUGAAUCUCCCACACUUAAGCUAGCCUUUCAAAACAGAAUGGUUCUGUCUGUUUUGCUCGAUGGCUAUAUAGCUAGGGACAGUAUACCUUGAAGUUAUCUUUGACUUCCUUAAAUAUUGGCUUAUUUAUAGUACUUCAGGUAAGACCCCAUGCCUAUGGAUGAGAGUGUUUUCACAGGCAGUGUCCAGCUGGUCCUGCCUUCCCCAGGCACAGUAUGGGAAGUUUGCACACCCCUUCGAACAUGGCUUGGCCUACCCUUCAGUCAAAGCUUUUGAUACCACACCCACCCCAAUUGUGUAUAUUUUAUAUAGGAUGUCUAAAAUGCAUGUGUGUUUUUUUAGAUUGUAUGUUUAAUUUAUUGCUUGACAAUAAUUAGUUGAAAUAAAUUUUCAGCUGUGGUUACCUUUCAUAAUGAAAAU